GACCUGGCAGCGCAUACACACAGUGCUAGCAUGGCGGCGCCCUGUGAAUACAAACACGACGCGUGAGUUCCUGUUUACUAGGUUCAACACUGUUUGCGUUUAUAGUAGAGAUGCUCUGAAACUGUCAACUCAGUACUACAGUCAAGUACACUGACUGAGGAAGAUUUUCGGAUUUUUAAGAUCCAGAGCACAAGUUACGUCUGACACGAAUUAAAGAAACAACAGGCAGCAUGUCAGGUGCAGGUCAAAGCAGUGAUGGUGGUGCGGGACCGGACACAGAGGCGGAUGGAGAACCUCCUCACGAGGCUUUUCUUCAGCAAGGGGUGGAAGAAGAGGAGGAAGCACCACCAGCAGCGAAGCAGCCUCGACUGGAGCAGGACGAUGUGGGUCUUGAUUUACUCCUGGCACAGAAGCCAGUGAUGCCCUCAGAGGAGACAUGUGGGAGCCCAGGUGCUUCUGGGACUCUUGAGGAAGUUGCCUGUCAUCACACUGAUGAAACCGAACGUGCUGUGGGACCUGAGGAGAUCGAAGGAGACGUGGAGUGGCAUCAAAACGGAGCCGAGACCAGAGAGACGCUCGGACGGGCCGAGGAGGACAAAGCAGACGAGUCUGAGAACAAGAGUCCAGAAGACAACUCCACCGAGCAGCACUAUCAAGUCCUGGACUUCAGCCAUGACCCCCAGAUGCUGACGGGCUCCUGGGCCGAAUACUCCCACACGGCGGAGAAUUACCUCAGAGGCUGCAAAUGGGCUCCAGACGGUUCCUGUAUUGUUUCCAACAGCGCUGAUAAUGUUCUUCGUGUGUAUAACCUCCCGCCUGAGCUGUACAGCAGCCGCUGGGACUUGCUUUCUGAGAUGAGUCCAGUGCUGAAGAUGGCAGAAGGAGACACCAUCUAUGACUACUGCUGGUUCCCUAAGAUGACCUCUAUGGACCCGGACACAUGCUUCAUUGCCAGCAGUAGCCGAGACAACCCAGUCCACAUAUGGGACGCGUUCUACGGGGUCCUCCGUGCAUCUUUUCGUCCCUACAACCACCUGGAUGAGCUGACCGCGGCCCAUUCCCUGUGUUUCUCUCCCGACGGCUCUCAGCUCUACUGCGGCUUUGAUAAAACCGUCAGGGUUUUCCACACCGACCGUCCUGGGAGAGACUGCGAGGAACGGCCCACCAUGGUGAAGAAACAGGGUCAGACUGGCAUUAUCUCCUGCAUUGCCUUCAGUCCGUGCCAGUCCAUGUACGCCUUAGGCUCAUAUUCUCGUUCGACCGGCCUUUACUCUUGUGAUGAUGGAUCUCUGCUGGCUCUUCUGCCCACUCGACACCACGGAGGCCUUACACACCUGCUGUUCUCACCCAACGGCUAUCACAUGUACACGGGCGGCCGCAAGGACUCGGAGAUCCUGUGCUGGGACGUGAGAGAUCCAGGACAGGUUCUGUUCUCCUUGCACAGGAACGUCAAUACCAACCAGCGCAUCUACUUUGACAUGGACCAAUCCGGACGAUAUCUGCUGAGCGGGGACACCGAUGGUGUGGUGUCAGUGUGGGACACCCUCACAGCGCCACCUGAUGGGAAUGAGGAGACACUACAGCCAAUGCUGCAGUAUCAGGCGCACACAGAUUGUGCUAAUGGCAUCAGUGUGCACCCUUUCAUGCCAUUAGUGGCUUCGUCCAGUGGUCAGCGCAAGUUCUGCUGGCCGUCUGACAGCGGGGACUCGGGGUCUGAUUCAGACGAGGCGAAUGUGAUGCCAACAAACGACGUCCGACAGGACAACGCUCUGGUGCUGUGGUGGGCCGGCCCAUUGGGCUCCACCAAUGAGAGGCCGCAGGGGGAGGAGCCAGCGGUCGUUGAAAGCUAGAACAUUUGAUUGUAAAACUGCACACCAAACGGACCCAUAAUCUACUGCCCAAACCUAUCACACUGAUUGUUAAGAGUUAUAAGACUGUAAUUCUGCAUUGGUUUUAAUUGUAGAAUAGUCCGUUUUUUUAAAUCCCCCGGCCUUUUUGCAUCCCGCUAGGUUCGUAAACCUCGAUCGGUGAAUGUCUAAAAGUCCAAACAAACCACAAU